GGGCGGGGCCGUUAUCCGGGGUUGGGCCCUGCCCCCCCCCCCCCGGCGUUAACCCCGCCCCCGUGCCAUGGUUCCCCAGGGGGCGGGGCUUCCCGUGGGGCCGGGACACUGCCCCCGCCCCCUGGCCGUGGCCCCGCCCUCAGCCCCCCGUUCCCUCCACCCCACCCCCCCACCAGCGGGGCAGCCCUGGGGCCGACCCCCCGCCCCGGCCACGCCCCCGGCCACGCCCCCAGGCGCCCCUCUCCCGGCAGAGCGGUGCCGCUGGCCCACGCCGAGGUGGGGGGUCGCGGGGACCGGCCGCCCCUGGUGCUGCUCCACGGGCUCUUCGGCAGCCACGGCAACUUCCAGACGGUGGCCAAGGCGCUGGUGCGCCGCGGCAGCGGCAAGGCAGGUGCUGACGCUGGACGCCCGGAACCACGGCGGCAGCCCCCACAGCCCGCUGAUGACCUACGAAGCGAUGAGCCUGGAUGUGCAGCACCUCCUGACCCGCCUGGGCAUCACCAAGUGCAUCCUCCUGGGACACAGCAUGGGGGGCAAGACGGCCAUGACGUUGGCCCUGCAGCGGCCAGACCUGGUGGAGCGCCUCAUCUCUGUAGACAUUAGUCCUGUCUCGACCACACCUGUCUCUGAAUUCUCUGCCUACAUCUCUGCCAUGAAGUCGGUGAAGAUCCCGGAUGGUCUGACCCGCUCUGCGGCCCGCCAGCUGGCUGACGAGCAGCUGCGGCCAGUGGUCCAGCUCCCGCAGCUGAGACAGUUCCUCCUCACCAACCUGGUGGAGGUGGAGGGCCGCUACAUCUGGCGGGUGAACCUGGACGCUAUUUCCCACCACUUGGCAGAUAUCAUGAACUUCCCCGUCUUCCACAAGCCGUAUCCUGGCCCAGCACUCUUCUUGGGAGGAUCCAACUCACCCUAUAUCAGCUCCAAAGACUACCCGGAGAUCCAGCGCCUCUUCCCCAAGGCAGAUGUCCAGCACAUUGAAGGUGCAGGCCACAUAGUCCAUCAGGAUAAAUUUGAAGAAUUCAUCACUGCUGUCCUCAAUUUCCUGCCACCACCGUAGUGCUGGGGACCAGGGUUUCUGCAAGCACCGCAUGGGACCCGAGGAGCUCCAGGCAGUGACCUGGGGCUCCAUGAGAAGUGGCUCGGCCUGGACCAGCUGCCCACAUUGCAGUCCAGUCCUGCCUGCAGGGCCUUCUCCCACCCCGGGUCACCUGGAGCCAGAGCAGUGAGACACCUCCAUCCUGCUGAGCUCUCCUGCCACCUCGCAGGGUGGCAGCGGCCCAGGACGCUGCCCUUCCUGCGCAGCUUGUCCUGCCCACACUGGAGCGGCUCGGAUGCUAGGAGGGGGCAGGAGAGCCCUCUCGUGUUCCUGCCAGACCACCGGCUUCUGGAUCUGUCUUGACUUUGCAGAAUGCGCAAUAAAGCUGAAUCCAUGCCAAGGCAGAA